CAAAAUGUCGUCGCACCGAAACGUGCCGCUUGGCCCCCGGGUUUCGGCGCGUCAGAGGGAGCUCCUCCUGUCUUUAAUGGAGGAGCACCCCGCCCUCGUGACGCCGUCGUACCCACUGGGGCCAUCGCUCACAAAGGCCGACAAGGAGGCGCUGUGGGUCCAGCUGAAGGCGCUGCUGGAUGCCGAAGGCCCUGCACGCAAGACCGUGCAGCAGUGGCAGGCCUUCUGGCGGAAGCAGCGGUUCUAUGCGGGCCAGGCGCUGGCCCUUGUCAGGCAGCAGCAAAGGGGAACCGGAGGCGGCCAGCUCGCUGGAUUCUACGGCCGCAUCCUGCAGCUAACCGGAACCGCGCGGGUGGAUGGUGGGCGAGCCGCUGUGUACGGGCGUUCGGAAGCGUUGGUCCCCCCCCCCCCAGAUGAGAGCCUGCAGGCGCGAGCUCUCGCUGGGGUCUUCCGGCGCCCUCAGCCCAUGCAGCCAUUACCCGCCCAGCCUGCAGUUUCGGUUGGCGAGACGCCCGGCACCAGUGGCUUGCAGAGCGUUGCACGCGGUGCCGGUGGUGUGGCCGAGCAGGAUGCGGCCCAGGAGUGCCUGAGUGCUCCAGCUCCACCACAACGCCAAAGGCGCCGCCGAGUGCCGCCGGGCGGGUGCCCGUGAGGCCCUCCCACGCCUAGUGGAACUGAACACCGGGUGCAGUGAGCAGCAGCAACAAACCAACACGCUGAUUGCGGAGCUCCGGGAUGCGGCCACCCGCCAGGCUGUGGCCCUGGAACAGCUGGCGACCGAGGCCAGGCUCCACAGGGAGGCUGCAGACAGGCAGGCUUCAGCCCUGGAGGCCAUCCUGCAGCAACAGGGCCAGGCGUUGCAGGAGCUGCGCAGCGUGGGGGCGCUUUCGCGGGCCAUUGCAGCGGCACUGCAGGGGCGUGCACAACAAUUUAUAAAAUUUUGCAAUUUUUUAUCUGC